UAAAAAGCUGAUUCAGCUCAGGUGGGGUCCGCAAAUAGGAAAAUGACGUUUUAGUCACAUCUCUAUUACAAUGAGCUCCGGCAUAUCCGCAUUCUCUCUAUAGUCUAUUCCAAUUUCCACCCGAAACCAUCUCUCUCCGCAGUCUGAUCCGACUUUCCGGCGACAACCUUAGCCACCGGCGAUAUUGUUUCCACGGCCCCCGAUCCCUCAAUUUUCUCAUGCAGAGAUAAUAAGCUCGGUUCAAGCCCAACCCAGUUCUUUUUGCUAAUUCAUCCUUUAUUCGCCCAAAUUCCCGUACCCAGGUCUGCCUUCUUUGGAUUGCAUUUUGUUGCUUGCUUUCCCCAAGCAUGCAGCAAUCUAGAGCAAGACUGUUUAAGGAGUACAAAGAGGUGCAGAGGGAGAAAUCAGCUGAUCCUGAUAUCCAACUAGUUUGUGACGAUUCCAAUAUAUUUAAAUGGAAUGCCCUGAUAAAAGGGCCUUCAGAAACUCCAUUUGAGGGUGGAGUGUUCCAGCUUGCCUUUUCAGUACCAGAGCAGUAUCCUUUGCAGCCUCCGCAAGUGAGGUUCUUGACGAAAAUAUUUCACCCAAAUGUACAUUUCAAGACGGGAGAGAUUUGCCUUGAUAUCCUGAAAAAUGCAUGGAGUCCAGCUUGGACUCUGCAGUCAGUUUGUAGGGCUAUUAUUGCUCUAAUGGCUCAUCCAGAGCCGGAUAGCCCUCUGAAUUGCGAUUCAGGUAUUCAACUUCUUGAUGUUAACUUGUAGUACUUUACAUGAAAUAGAAUUAAUCCCUCCAGAUUCUCGAUUACGAGCUUUGCCUUCAAGUCAUUCUUAAAAGCUCUAGCUCCAAAAUGUGCACUUUAUGCUUUUUCUCUGCUUAGUUACUCCUUAGUAUAAAUUACUGUCUCUUUUUCUUCAGGCCUGUAUUCAUUUUGUUCAUGUUGUUGGGAUGUUUAUAUGAGAAAUGUGAAUAUUAAGUUCCUUUUAGGAUUUGUCAAAAUUGGAGUUGUUCAUUUAAAUGCUAAAUUCAGGAUGUGUUACAUUGCCGCAUUACUAACCUUGUCCUCCAAGCUUUUACAAUUGAUGUAUGAAGUAGUGGAGAACAGGCUUACUAUUUGCUGUUACGGAUGUACCGAAGUUAAAUUAGAAGAACAAAAUUACUGGUUGCUGUGAUUCUUUAGCAGGGUUAAAGAUGCUUUUUUCUGAGUCUGAGUUUUGGACAACCUAGUAGUCUGUUUUGGUUUUACAAACUUGGAGUUGAUGUAAUUUGAAAGAUAGUUCUGGUAGGAGUUUAAACUUUAUGGCACAAGGACAAAGGCUCUUGCAUAUCUGUUGUUGCUAUUUAUAAUCAUCAGCACACCGUAAAUGAGAGAAAAGUUCCUAUUUCAUUCAUGUCCAACAUUGGAGGCUGUCAUCUUCUGUUUAUUGUGAUUGAUGGUGGUAGAGACAGAUAACCAACUGUUGUGCUUUCACUAGGCAGCAUAAUUUUAAAUCCGUUGAACAUUUGCUAAAAGAAAUUCAAUAGCCAAAGCAUCGUCACGUAGUGGAUCGUGACACUUGGUUGCUUCAAUUGUUUACUUAAGCUUUUCCUACUGCGUAUGAAGCCGAAAGAUGAGAUAAUCAUUGAUGUACAGCCUCAAUUUUUAACGGUUUAAACGUGGAUGUAUAUUUCAGUCUUUAUUUCUCUCUGUAUGUGUCGUGACGGAGUAUGUUGAGUGCUGGUAUAUUUGUUUAAAGCAGUAGAGUGCUGCUGACAAAUUGUGCUUUUCUUUUUGGGGGUUCAGGAAAUCUCCUUCGAUCUGGAGAUAUCAGAGGAUACCAGUCAAUGGCGAGAAUGUACACCAGGCUUGCAGCCAUGCCAAAAAAGGGGUGAAUCUUUUUUCCUUAUUCUUUUUCAGGAGUAAGAAGAGGGGAUUGGAUCAGAUGUUUUGCCCUUUGCUUUAGUGUUGUUAAAUGGAUUGUAAUGGUAAUGCCUAACUAUUGUUGUAAACACUUUUAGUUAGGGUAUACUGUGUAAUUGUAUUGAAUUCGUUAGAAAGUUAAAUCAACAUUUCCUGAAAACAUGUUCCUCCUCUACGUGUAUUGCCUAGAGAUUAAGCCUUGGCAGGUUGGAUAUGACACUUUGUGUAAUUAAAGUUGUAUGACCAAGUCCAGAUUGUGGUGUCUUCCUGUCUUCAUUUUCCUGAGCGAAUAAUAAAUCAUCUGCUUGUGAGCCUCAUCUUCAAAACCUCCUGUAUCUAGUGAUGCCAUAUUACUUGGAAGUAGAAAAAGAAGAUAGUUUAUGGACGUCACUGUUGGUGCUUUGGGAAGAAAUCAACAGAUCUUCUAUGUGGACGAAGCUUUUGGCCUUGCAAAACUAGCUAAGAAAAUAAGAGGCUUCCAUGGAUCUCAACUUCUGCCAUUCAUCAGAUCUGGAAUUUAUGUAUCAUCUUAUUUGAAUUUUAAGCUCGAAUUACGAUCGUUGAAAGCCUCCACAUGGGGUGGGGUUUUCAAUUUCGCUGCUGCAUAAUCAAAUCAGGUACAUUCCGACCAGUAAAAAGAAGGGGAAAAAUAAAAUAAGUGAUGGUAGCUUCAAGAAUGUUGCAAGUUUCUUGCUAAAACCGUUUAUAUAUGUGGUAAAUCCUUUAGUAGUGGGGCAAAAGCUAAAGUUUGGUUUGGGCCUCAAUAGUUGACUGAUUAUUGAAACAGUUGGGCUUUAUAACUAUAUAUAUUCCUAGACUAGAUGAAUAGUAAUGCCAUUGGCCAUAAUAUAUACUUUACUUUUAAUCAUAGGGCGAGUAUUCAAACCUCGUCAUGAACAUGGAACAACUUUAAAUUUUUUAACCAAUUUUUUUCACCCAUCGAGAUGCUUAUUAUAAACAAGAAAGAUUAGUCACUGUUACUGACGGUGGACACCCUGUAAUAUAAACAAAAAAAUCAAUCAUUUGGACAAUAAGGAUUCUCGAAACUGGAAGAGCAUGUUCCCUUUCUGGCUAUUUGAGGCAGCUUGUGAAGAUGUUAGCUCAUUUGGGACGGAUUGUUAAGGCA